AUGGAGACGUCCGUGGAAACGGUCAAGGCGCCUUUUGUCGCUCCGCGCGCCGGACCUUCGGGGCGACUGACUGCAUCCGCGGGUCUGCACGCCGUAGCCUCGCCGCUUCGUUCACACGGUGCGCCAUCGUCCUCUCGUCUCUCUCCUUUCGCGUCUUCCCUCCCGGGGCGGGGAUCUUCCGCCUUCGGCAAUCCAAAGUUCCUGUUUCUGUCCGCUCCGCUGGCCCUCGCGCCUCCGCUUCGCUCACCAGUCUCUUCCUCGCCCCUUUCGUCUCCCUGUUUUCCUCGCGCGGCUUCUCUCGCGAAUGGCGGCCGCCUGUCUUCUGGACUCGACGCAGUCGCGUCUCCACGUGCUGAGGCGUCGCCGACAACUGAAGCCGCGCCGAGGCGACCUCCCGUGUCUUCUUUGAGGCGGAAGAUUGCGGCCUUCUCUCGCUCUCUCUCCUUCUUCGGUCUCCACUUCGUCUUCACCUCCGUGCUCACCGGCGGCCUCUGGUGGGCCGCCCUCCGAGCCCUCCAGGCCUUCACAGCUCUCGCCCUCUCGCCGCCUGCGCUCACCUGCGUCUCCCUCCUGUCGCGCUCUUGGCGCUCUUCCCCCACUCGGUCGCGCGCGUGGAGCAUAGAAGAGUUGCAAGACUGGUCGCACCGCACUGCGUGGAAAAUCAACACGCUGUGGGGUGCGACGUUCUCGAGGCUCGUGGGAUGUGUCCCUGAGAUCCGCGGCUCCGAAAACCUCCCGCCUGCGUCCGAGAAGGUGAUCUUCGUGGCGAACCACUGCUCGCUGAUGGAUGUCGCGUACAUUGCAGCAGCGGUCCCCAGGAGUCUCCGCUUCGUCGCGAAAGUCGAACUCCUCGAUGCGCCCGUCGUCGGCCUGGCCAUGCGGCUCUCGGGCUGUCCCACGGUCGACCGCCAGUCGCCCACUAGCCACCUCGCCCUCUUCAGAGAGGCCUUGCGGCUGCUGAAGCAGAAGCAGACGCUUUCCAAGGACGCGGGUGUCGCCUCGGCCAGCUCGGAUGACGCGCGCGAGCGACCCGACACACCGGACGAAGACGUGGCGCUCGUCGCCUUUCCCGAAGGCACGCGGAGCGUGGAUGGCCGUCUCAAACCUUUCGACAAGGGCGGCGUCUUUCGCCUCGCGCGUCAGACUGGCGUGCGCGUCGUCCCACUCACCGUCACCGGCACGCACCUGUUGCUCCCUGCGAACUCGUUUCUCCCCCCGGGGCCGCCUCCCAAAGGCAGUUUGCAGGUCGUGAUUCAUCCGCCGCUCGCGUCUGCUGGGAAAUCGCCGGACGAACUGCGAGAGGACGCGUGGCGCGCGAUCGCCUCUGCGUUGCCGCCCGGUCAGCUGCCUCAGCCGGCUGCUGAGGAACCCGAGGUUACGGACGCCGGGGGCGAGAAGAAAGGCGCCAGUAGCUAA